CCCUCUGGAUUCUGGCUGGAGAGGCAGUCGAAUCGGGGCUGGAACCAGAGUCGGAGCCGGCCGCUGGGCGUGUGCUGGCGCGCGUGCUGGACUAUGGCCGGGAUGAGCGGCUCGGGGCCCGCCGAGACUGCCGGCGGGAGCAGCAACAACAGCGCGGUGCGAGGAUUGCGGGUGGACGGGCUGCCUCCCCUGCCCAAAAGCCUGAGCGGACUGCUUAACUCCUCGUCCGGUGGGGGCGCGUCCGGAGGCUGGCGGCACCUGGAGCGGCUGUACGCUCAGAAAUCCCGCAUCCAGGACGAGCUGAGCCGCGGAGGGGCUGGGGGCUGCUGCGGCAGCGGGGGGCGGACGGCGGCGCUGCUUCCCAAGCCCCCCAACCUGGACGCUGCCCUGGCUCUGCUCCGCAAAGAGAUGGUUGGCCUUCGACAGCUGGACAUGUCAUUGCUCUGUCAACUGUACUCCCUCUAUGAGUCAAUUCAGGAAUACAAGGGGGCUUGCCAAGCAGCUUCCAGCCCGGACUGCUCUUAUGCCUUGGAAAAUGGCUUCUUUGAUGAAGAGGAGGAGUAUUUCCAGGAUCAUGGUUCACUUCACAAUGGAAGGGAACAAGGUGCCCAGAUGGACUUUACACUGCCUGUCACUCCUCUCUCCAACAGCGACUGGAUCCUAGAGUCUAUUUAGAAGACAUGUAGGAAGGACGUAUCUGACUGUAGAGGGGGUGUGUUUUGAAGGGAAAUCCUCAAAAGUCCCUUUUCCUGUUACUUCUAUCCAUUUUUUUUUUUUUUUUUUUGUUUCUGGCAGACAGUGAAUACACUCUCCUUUUCCUGCAAGCACUCCUUUGGAAGAAAAAAAAAUGUAUGUACAGUUGAGCUAUUGAGAUAGGAGCUGCCAGAUUAAUUUGUCGGCAAGGCUCUUCACCAUUGACACAAUAUGUGGGCAAUCUGUCCUGAUGGCUAGAGUUUUCUGUUUUGGCAAACUCUCAGUGUUAGAGCAAGAUGCUUGAUGACCCUGUAGUGGGGACUUUGCUGAAGAUAUGCAUCCCUUCAAGGAAAAAAAAAAUAAAAGCCUUCUCCUCAAAAUAGGUAUUUAGUGGGAGGUUGACCUGUGUUGUAUAGACUGAAAUUAUUGAGUCCAUAUGGUUCUAUAUUUGGACUCUUCCCUGGGUGAGUUGUUUGCACCCUGUCUUGUGUGCUUAUGGAUUUUUUUUUUUGCCUCAAGUUUGCCAUGUGUUAAAAAUAACACUUUACUCUUCCUUUUUUUUUUUUUUUUAAAUACAUUCUGCAGCUGUUCAACUGCCUUUUAUUUCUGUUUAAAUGAGCUUUCAGGACUCUUGGCUAAAUGGCAUUUUUAUGAACCACAUAACUAACUGGCUUACAGUUGACUUUAUGAGCCACCUACUGAGAAGUGACCAUUUAAGAUAAUUUGGAUGCCAAUCUGCUGGUUCCCAAGAUAUCACAGACAUUUGCUAGUCAAAUGCAGUUGAAAGGAGACUAAUAUUAGAUUAUGUUUAAUAAGACAGAUUGGGGCAAACUGCAAUAUUUUGAAUUAUGUAAAUUUUCAUUGUAAGACUAUUGGAAACUGUUUUUUUUUUUAAAUCUCCAAGUGUAUCUGGAAAGUAUAGUUCUAAUAUGGUAGAAGACAAACUGCUCCCUACACCCCAAAAGAUAAUUGUUGUUGAUUUUACCAUAUUUAUUAAAGUGAUACUUUUAAAAAACA